CAGGCGCUCUCGGCGGCCCAUCGCCGGUUUCCGGUUCCGCCGCCCUCUUUCUCUUCGACAAGGCGGUCGAGCGGCUCCGCGGGCGCCGAGAUGCAGAUCUUUGUGAAGACCCUGACGGGCAAGACCAUCACCCUCGAGGUCGAGCCCAGCGACACCAUCGAGAAUGUCAAAGCCAAGAUCCAAGACAAGGAGGGCAUCCCGCCUGACCAGCAGCGUCUGAUUUUCGCGGGCAAACAGCUGGAGGACGGCCGCACCCUGUCGGACUACAACAUCCAGAAAGAGUCCACCCUGCACCUGGUGCUGCGCCUGCGCGGCGGCAUCAUCGAGCCCUCGCUCCGCCAGCUGGCGCAGAAGUACAACUGCGACAAGAUGAUCUGCCGCAAGUGCUACGCCCGCCUGCACCCCCGCGCCGUCAACUGCCGCAAGAAGAAGUGCGGGCACACCAACAACCUGCGCCCCAAGAAGAAGGUCAAAUAAGGCCGCGCCCGCCCGGGGGAGUGGUCUCCGCGCGCCCCGCCCCCCAAUAAAGCUUCCCCUUGGUUACUGGAGCAUAA